AUGCAGCUCAAACUUGGCUCCAUCUACAAACCAUAUGUCAUCAGAGAAAGAUGUGUCCUCUGGGUUAUGAAACUCGUCUUUCAGAUUGACUCCUCAACAGAAUUCCAGCAGCUGGAGUUGAAACGUGACCGCUUAAGAUCGAAUAUUGAUUCCAUCGCAAGAGACAUUGCUAGAAUGAUGAAGGAAAAGGAGGAGGCCGAAAAUGAAAUGCGUAAUGCUGUUAGCAUGAAAAUGAUGCAAAACGAUAUACAGAACGACAUUCAUAACAUCGAACGUCAGUUGGCUGCCGCUUAUGGAUUCCGUGGUCCUAACUAUGUAGCUGAACUCGAUGACAAAAUCAUCUUUGAAGAGAAGGAAAUACAAGGUCUGAAAGUGGGUGAGAUUCAACAAAUCUAUAGAGAAUAG